UUAUGAUGUCCGUGUGACCUCCAGCCUGUAGGUAGUGCUGUCUCCCACUGCGUGCUACAUGAUUGUCUCCCGACUGUGCCGCAGAGACUUCCCGGUCGCUCUUUGAUAUCUGGCAGCACCAUGCAGGAGAAAAGAAGCCCUGAAGGUCAGCAGCAGUGCUCCGAGUGCGGACAUAGCUUUGGGCUCUUGCAGUCAGACCAAACCAAGCAAACGGACAAACCCGAUGGUGCGUCUCGAUGUCCAUCUUGUCAGGAAAACAGCAACCCCCUCAGCCAAGGACAGGCCCAGGGGAGUGUCCACAUGGACCCGCACAGCUGCUCAUUGUGCAGCAAAACCUUCAUGUCUUCAGCCCACUUGACCCUACACCUGGCCUCCCACAACAAGGAGAGGAGGUUCCAGUGCACCACCUGUGGCAAGUACUUCCACCAGAACUCUCACCUGAUGGCCCACGAGGCCAUCCACAGUGGCGACAGACCCUUCAAAUGCCCCGAAUGCGGCAAGGCAUUUGGGCGAGCCGCACAUCUCAAGACUCACCGUCGAAUCCAUACCGGCGAGAAACCCUAUAAGUGUUCCUACUGCGACAAGGCCUUUACACAGAAGGCAGGCCUGCUCUCGCACGCCCGCAUUCACACUGGUGAGCGGUCCUACAAGUGUGAUGAGUGUGGGGAGACUUUCAGCUCUCUGCCCCUGCUCCUCUCUCACAAGGCUGAAGAGUCGACUCCGCAGGGGAAAAUGUCGCCCGCACCCCAGCCUGACUCCCGCGCUAGCACCCUAAAGUGCGGUGUCUGCUGCCGUACCUUCAUUAGGUCAUCCUACAUCAGAUUGCACGUCCGCCUCGAAAAGGGGCUGCGGCUUUAUCACUGCAAAGUGUGCAACAAGACCUUUGCCAAACUGGAUACAUUUAUCAACCACUGCGAUAAACACUUGAGGCAGAAAGGGGGUAAAAGCGACGACAGUGUGGUGAAACCCCCAUUGUUCAUCCCGCUGUCAAAGUCGUCGCAACCCCCGAAGGUCGCACAGCCGGUGUCCACUGAAGUUACGAUAGGCUCCGGGGUCAAAUUGUGAUGUAACCUUUUCACGGUAGUCCCAGGUGUUGCUAGAGCUUAUCCCAUCUUACUGUUGGGGGAGAGGCAAGGUACAACCAAUUUAAGGGCUGGUGCAUCUCUACAAAUUUGAUUAUCAUGGAAAGCUUAAUUUAUUUCACUAAUUCAGUUCACAAAGACUUUGUAUACCAUCGUACUGUAUAUGAGUUUCCCGUUUUUAAAUCAACUACAGAAAUUAUAUUCUAUGAGAUUCCCAUUCAUUGAGAUGCAAAUGUUGACAAACCAUUCCCAACCCUGACUGACAACUUCUUCAAUGGACCUAACAUACAUGUUUUGGGAAUGUUAGGAGGAAUACCUGGAGAAAAUCCACACAAGCAUGGAGAAUGUAAAAGCUCCACUCAGGAAAGCCUGAGCCAAGAUUUAAACGCUCGACCUCAGACGAGUGAGUCAGACAUGCGAACCACUAGCCAUGCAACCGAAAAGAUGCAAGUGAGUUAGUUAAAAACAUCCAUGACUAAGCAGAAGCUCAAAUUACUGAUGACAAUUAAUUUCAUUCAGAAUGAUUUUGUGAUGGAGUACCAGUAGUAUUACAUGGCAGUUGUGGUUUGUAUGGUGGAGUAUUUCCAAAAUAUAGUCAACCCUUACUAUUUGUGGGGGCUAAGUCGACUCGGAGUGAAAAUCCAAGUAUAGGCUGUACAGACUGUAUUUUGGAAUUUUCACUUCAUCCAGCUCCAGCUAAGCCCCAAAACAUUCACACACACAAGCCGUUUUUAUUUGUUGAAUGGCUUUUCGCUAGAAAUGACAAGGCAAAAGUGUGUACAGUGUUAUGUGGGGAGAUGUUACUGAAGAUUCAUUACAAGUUUCGUAGUUUUGGGGCAGUUUGAAAAAAAAAAAAACUAAAA